AUGCUUCCUGGGUAUGGAUUCUCACCUUUUCCUGAUUUCCAACCCCACCUUCACGCUUUUCGCUGCCGAGGAGAGAGUCCCAGCAUGUGGAUCGCUGGCUCAGGGGAGUCCCAGGCUCCGAGCGAGGCCCAGGAGGACAGGCCUCUCCUCCACCCGUGCCACCACAAGCAUGUCGCUGUGUGCCAGCAGGAAACAUUGGCUUUCAUCGAGCUACAACCACCAGUGACUCCUAAACUCAACGGUCUGAGCUCCGCGAGGCCACAUGUUAUCCCAGAGACACAAUGCACAACACACUCCCUGCCCCUGAACAGCUUUACACACACACUUAAUGAACUGAAUGACAUGCAGAACGGCUGCCACAGGACAGACAAUGAGCACCAAACGACGUUGAAUUUGAACUCUUAUACACCUGUGGGUGACUGUGAGCUUGAGUGCCAUAAUGGCAUCAGGACUUCUCUGCAUGAGCAGACAGAGAAACCUCAUGCUGUCACAACAGUAUGUCGUCCUCUCCACGCUGCUCUUAGCCUCCCUCUGCCGUUCCCUCUGUCCUCUCUAUACACAAACAGAGACUCCUGGGAAUCUCGCUUACCUUGCUCUCCAUCCUCGCCUGAAGACUCCUGCCAGCUGCAGAGGAGGACAUCACAAGGUUCACUGAAAGAGAAGUCUAUCCGGCGAAAGAUGCAGGUUUAUUCGCCAGACAGCCUGAGCGAUGACUCUCUCAGCAGCCCAAUCCUGGAUGCAGACUACCUCUUCCCAGGACCGUUUGCCUCUUUCCUGGAGGAAGACCUCAGUGGAUUAUCCUCCCUGGAGGCCCUUUCAAGGCCUUCAUCCACAGACGGUUUUACAGAACUCCCAAGCCUCAGUCACGAUGAUAUUUUCGAUCUACCUGCAGAACCACUGCAGAUAAUAGAGGACUCAAUGCCAGCGGUGGGGGAAGACAGCGCGAGUGUAGAGACGUCAAGUGCUACAGGGGGGAGCUUUUUGUCCCGCAGCCGCCAGGGGGAUCAAGAACGGCGGCGCUUCUCGGCUUCGGAACUGAUAUCUAGACUGCAGCUCUCUCAGAGGAAGAGCUCCUUCACCUUGAAGCUGGGGAAGUCUCUGUCUGCACGGGUCACCUCCAGAGACAGACUGGGCUCCAACAGCCUCAGCCCCAACGCUGACUAUAAAUCCACCUCCAAGCACCGCAGCUCCGGAGGCUCUGGUGAUAGCGCCCCCCACAGUCCUGUGGGACCUACACCCACUCUGCCCAGUAGUGACAAUGGCAUGCCCUUGCAUCGGUGGAGCACAAAACUUGGAAUGCGAAAGAAAUCCAUAGAGGAGGACGUCUGCACACUUCCAACUGUUGCUAGUUCAAAUCGACUAUCACGGUUUUUGCCUAGUUCUAUACUGUACCAGGAAUACAGUGACGUCGCCAUCAACAGAGAGAUCCAGAGGCAGCAGGGGAAGGAGCCGGGCACAGAGGAGGAGGGACUCAGGUAUGACGGGUCAGAAGGGACCCCGUCUCCUUCUAACCUGUCUCCGUCCAGCUCCUUCCGCUCAUCGCGAGGCUCUGCUUUUGCACUGUGGCAGGACAUCCCCGACGUUCGAACCAGCGGCCAGCUCGACAACUUCAGCAAUGAGGAACGGAAAUUACAAGAGGCAAAGUUUGAGCUGGUGACGUCUGAGGCGUCCUACAUUCGUAGUUUGACGAUCGCAGUGGACCACUUCAUGUUGUCGCAGGAGCUCGCCGAGUGUCUUGGAGCUCAGGAUAAGCAGUGGCUCUUCUCCAAGCUGCCUGAGGUCAAAGGUGUCAGUGAAAGGUUUCUUCAGGACCUGGAGUACAGGCUGGAGGAAGACAUUCUGCGCUUCGAUGUGUGCGACAUCGUCCUGGAACACUGCCCGGCUCUGAGAAGGGUUUAUUUACCUUAUGUAACCAACCAAGCGUACCAGGAGCAGACUUACCAGCGUUUGCUGCACGAGAACCCUCGUUUCCCCGGCAUCCUGGCUCGUUUGGAGGAGGACCCCAUUUGCCAGAGACUUCCUCUGACCUCUUUUCUAAUCCUCCCGUUUCAGAGGAUCACUCGGCUCAAAAUGCUGGUGGAGAACAUCUUAAAGAGGACGACUCCGGGCUCCCGAGAUGAGGACACUGCCACGAAGGCUUUCAAUGAGCUAAAAAAGAUCAUCAAAGAAUGUAACUCCAGUGUGCAGUCUAUGAAAAGGAUGGAGGAACUUAUUCACCUCAAUAAGAAAAUCAAUUUUGAGGGAAAGAUCUUUCCCCUGAUCUCUCAGUCCCGCUGGCUGGUGAAGCACGGUGACCUCCUGGAAGUGGACACUCAGACGAUGAGUAUUUCAGGAUCAAAGCUCAAGUUGCCCACCAAGCCGGUGUACCUUCAUCUCUUCAAUGACUGUCUACUGCUGUCCAGAAGGAAGGAUACGUGGAAGUUCAUGGUGUUUGUACACGCCAAGAUAGGAGAGCUGAAAGUGAAGGACCUCAGUCAGAAGCUGCAGGGCAUCUCAGGCUUCAUCUUCCACUUGCAGCUGUGUGAAGGCCAACAGCUCAAACAUCAGAUCCUGCUCAAGUCACACACUGAGAGCGGGAAGCAGAGAUGGAUCACAGCCAUGUUUCCAUCUAAUCCGCUGGAAGACAUUGAGCAAGCCAGUGAGAAUGAUGAUAUAUCCCAGGUUCAGUGCAUCAAAAGCUAUCAGGCCCAAGAGCAUGAUGAGUUAACACUGGAGAAGGCCGACAUUCUUCAUGCUAAGACCAUAACAAGUGAUGGUUGGGUGGAAGGCAUCAGACUGUCUGACGGGGAACGGGGCUGGUUCCCCAAAACCUACGUGGAAGAAAUUACAAGUCGCAGCGCUCGCCUCCGCAACCUCCGAGAAAAUAUCCGCAUCAAAUGUGUCACGCAGAAACUGGAGGGGGAAGACUAA